UCGUUAGUAAUCAAGCGAAUUUUUCAUAACACUUUCAGGAGCUCGACAUUUAAUUUUAAGCCUGAUCAAUUGAUCUCGCGUGGAGUCAAUCUCUUAGUGUUUUCUUUUCUCAAGAGAAACCAGUUUAAGUGUUUGCAGAAGAAGUGUUUCACUGAAAGAGAUACUAUCUCGAGAAACUGUUCAAAUCAGUCUCACUAACGAUUUGAAAUCCAAUACUACUUAAUAUAAUGGAAAUUUGUACAGUAUGUGGAGAUCAUUCCACAGGAAGACACUACGGGGCCAACACUUGCGAAGGAUGUAAGCUUUUUUUCAAGAGAAGUAUCAAAAAGCGUUUAUAUUACAGUUGUAGACUGGCCGGCUGUUGCCCUGUUAGCAAACGAUACCGAAAUAGUUGUCAAUAUUGCAGAAUGAGAAAGUGCUUAGCUGUAGGGAUGAAGAGAGAAGCCGUACAACAAACAAGACUGCAAGACUAUGAGAAGCAACGAAAACGUCAAAAGAGACAACAUCAAAAGGGAGAAAUUAGAAAAGAGACGGAUUUCGCUUCACUCUCAGAUUUCGUUUUUCAUCUACAAGCAGUUGAACCGUAUUGUAGCAGCAGGUUAGAGAAGGAGACAUCGUCAACUUCCUCUAAUAUCAAAAUGAACACUUCAUCGAAGGCACACUCCAGUAACGGAAGACCUAGUAGUGAAAAAACCAGAGAGAUGGCAGCAAGAUUGCUKUUUAUGACUGUUCACUGGGCCAAAAAAGUCAAGCAUUUUUCUGAACUAUCUCACUUUGACCAAGUGACUUUGCUGAGGGAAAACUGGUGUAAAGUCUUCAUCAUAAACUUAGCGCAAUGGGCAAUGCCUCAAUUUGAACUAGCGCCCUUGGUGGACGACGCAACGGAGAAAAUACCCAACGGACAUCUGGAUAAAGUAUUGAAAAAUAUGGGCAAGUUGAAUGAGAUCGUAUUUAAACUAGUGCAGCUUCGGAUGGAUAGAGCGGAGUUUUCACUACUGAAAGCCCUUGCUUUGUUCAACCCCGACACUGAACAUUUGGCUGAUACUGUACAGAUACAAGCCAUUCAAAACAAGACACAAAACGCGUUAGAGGAAUACAUACGCAUGUACCAUCACGUUCCCAACAGAUUUGGACAAACUCUGCUUCGACUUGUGGCUCUUGGGUCMGUGGAAAGUAGAAUCAUUGAACAUGUAUUUUUUAACGAGCUCCUUGGAGGAGCGUCGAUUUACACUUUAGUCGAUGGCAUCCUGAGAACAAAAGACAUACAUGGGAACUCGGAAUGACUAAAGAAAGGGGACAGAAAUAGCCAUAGAACUGAACUCUGACAUAAGACGAUCACAUCAAGUUUCGUAGCACAGCCCUUCUAAAGAGAGCAAAAGCAAUAAAAGAGAUUCUCCAUCGAUCUAUGUAAAGUCUUCGCAAUUUUCGAGAACAUUCCCUAUGUUGACUUUCCGGCUAACCUGUGCGGAAAACCAUAAAUCGCAUGCACACUCAAAAGGUUUUUUGUAUUUGAACUAUUUUAUGUCUUUGSAAAGUGUAAACCAAAGAGGCAAGGCCCCCAGAUACACCUACUUUCAAAAAAUUGGCACGGAGAAAUAGAACAUUCGUAUAAUAAAAAGGAAUUUCUUAAAAAAGAAGAUCAGUCACUCUGAACGCUUUCUUUUUCUCUUUUUAAAUGCAUUUCUUUUGACUAGAGCACAAAUGUUGUAUUUCUCUAUGAUUAUAGGUGUACACAAACACUAUUUGUACUAAGUAAGCAAAACCUUAGUUUUCUGAAUAGUUUAACGAUAUCCCAAUGGCAAGCAAAUUAAAUUUUAACUGAUUUUAUCAAAGAAUACAAUGACAAUUAUAAAAAUAUAUAUAGCGAAUGGGCGUCAUUCAGGCAAAACUCUGUACAAUUAAUCUCUAAAAAGCAAAAAAGUUGCGUUUUGUCAGUGUCAUUGUACGGUUUUUGGCAACUCAGGGCUAUACCUCACGACAUAGCUGCUGUUUUCUUUAUUAUUGUUAGCUUCAAGAUGGAUUUACGAAUUGUAAAUGCAAAAAUAUACAAAAACAAUUCCAAUAAAUUUUAAAAUUUCGCAGCGCAAGCAACUUCGUACGUGCGUACUUGUGUAAUAGACACUACGUUCCUACAACGGUGUUGGAGUGGGAAACUGACCAUGCUUACGUAUUGCGACCGUAAUCGUACGUGACUGUACCGUAAACGUAACAAUGUCAAAUUACCACGUAAGCAUAAACAGUAAAURGCAAAGUCAAUUUCUCACUAAAACGGCUGUAUUUCUCAUUKRACCGAUAAAAAAUUUGUUGGUUAUAAAAUAAUCAUAAGGAUGAAUCCACCAGUGUAAAGAAUGUACUCUAUCAUUAAAUACUCUUAGUAUAAAUAAAUAGAAAAUUAAAGAAA